CGGAGCCUCUGGAUAUUGGAAUAGUCUUGAAAUUAGUGCUUAGAUCGGCCAUAUCGGAACCAUUCGGUCAUAUCGGAAACCACUACUACCUAGCCAGGUGGAUUAACCCCAAUUCAACUAUGCAAUACCAUCUCCAAGUGUACGGCGUCGGCGCCGGACAAGAGCCGUCGUGAUGAUAGUCCAUUAUUGCUUCCAGAAUUUUCAUUCCAGCUUAAGAAUCUCGAGUACUUAGUCCUUCAUCACCCCGGUAGCUUGUACUUUCUUCGCCACCAUUCCCUGCACGAAUAUAGCAAGCGACAACUUUCACUCCCAUUGCCAACGCUCCGAUAGUAUUACCCCAAAGUUUGUGACUCCUGUCCAUAUACAACUGGCCAACCAGAGGAUACUAUCGAGAUACUCGUAUUCCAAAUGUCCAAGGAAGAUUAUCCUUCUUCCCUGGCGUACUCGCAAGGGACAAUCGCAGUGCCUCAAGGACCCGCGGCCAAAAUGGACCAGGACACAACAGAUUACUCAUCUGAUCGCCAGUCGACGAUUCAGCAACUCGACCCCGAAAAAGGCACCGAUGCUACGCAACCGCUGCCCCCAGGAAGCGAUGCGCCGGACGGCGGUCUGGUAGCGUGGCUAGUUGUGCUGGGGGCGUGGGCGACGUCGUUCUGCAGCUUCGGCUGGGUGAACAGCGUGGGGGCUUUCCAGGAGUACUACCAGAACGACCUGCUCCCCAACUACUCGCCGAGCACCAUUUCAUGGAUCCCUUCCCUUCAGAUCUUCUUCAUGAUGGGCCUGGGGCCCCUCGUCGGCCAGAUAUAUGACCACUAUGGCCCUCGCUGGCUGAUCUUUGGCGGCACGAUCCUACACGUCUUCGGCCUCAUGAUGACAUCCCUUGCGACGAAGUACUGGCAGAUACUUCUUGCCCAGGGAAUCUGCUCUGCUAUUGGAGUUGCGGCAAUUGUGUCGCCCGGGAUGAGCGUUGUUCAUGGCUGGUUUAACCGCAAGCGUGGCGCCGCCUUUGGCGUGCUCUCUACAGGGUCCAGCCUUGGCGGCAUCCUCUUUCCCAUCAUGGUUACACGAGUAAUCAAAUCCCUCGGCUUCCCAUGGGCGAUGCGCAUCUGUGCCUUCAUCAUCCUUGCCCUGCUCAUCAUCGCCAACCUGACCAUCAAAGCAUUCCAUCCGCCCCGCCCGCAGAAGUUCAGUCGGGGGCAACUUCUUAGCCCCUUGAAGGAGUUUGAGUUCGCGUGCGUUGUCAUCGGCUUCUUCCUCUUCACCUACGGCAUCUUUGUUCCCAUAAACUACAUCCAGGUGCAGGCGCUCGCGGCCGGCAUGGACCCCGACUUGGCUCAAUACCUCAUCUCCAUGCUCAACGCGGGAAGUUUAUUCGGGCGUAUUGCCUCGGGUAUCCUGGGCGACAAGAUCGGGAAGUACAACAUCUUUGUCUUGGUGGGCUUCCUCACCCCUAUUUGGAUGCUCGCGCUCUGGAUCCCUGCCAAGACGGACGGCGCGAUCAUCGCGUUUGCCGUGCUCUUCGGCUUCUGCUCCGGCGCCUAUGUAUCCCUCGUCGCGCCACUGAUCGCGCAGAUCUCGCCAAUACAGGAAAUUGGCUUCCGGACGGGUAUCGUGCUCUUUGCCAACGCUAUUGCCGGCUUGACGACGAACCCUAUCAACGGCGCUAUUCUGUCUGGAUCUGGUGGCUGGGUCGGGAUCAAGAUUUUUUCAGGAGUUUUCUGCUUGGCGGGUACAACGUCCAUCCUCGCAGCAAGAGUUCAUCGGACAGGUUGGAAGUUGAUGACGGCGUUUUGAGUGUUCAUUCAGAGAACCUGGAGCCUGCAUACUGAAUUUGCCAUCAUUCGGAGUUAUUUUGUGAAGAGCAUCUGGCAUGUUUGGACUUUGAAUACCACGUAGACACAGCUCAUUGUAUAACUGUACCAUCCCUUCACUCCUACUACCAUCAUAAUUCUCUAGAACAGACGAUCAUAGAACGAAGAAACAUUGAUAAAAAAAACGAA